GGGAAUUUCAAUUAGUCAUUACACCUUAAUUAAUUAUUAAAAGGAAAAUUAUGAAACUAAUUUGCCACGAAAGAAAGAAGAGAGAGAGAGAUCCGAAAUUUCUCAUAUAACUCGCAUUUUGGCACUCUCCUGUUUCUUCUUCGUCAUCUUCCUUCCUUCGCCCCUUGCUUUGCUUGCCUGCUUUACCUCCACUGUGACGAAAGCACGAGAGAGAGAAGAAAAGGAAUUCAUAGAGAUUAGAAAAACAAUAAUAAAGGAAGACGAAGGAGAAGGAGAAGAAGGGAAAGGAAACCCAGAAAAUCUGUCCCAGGAAAAGAGAGAGAGAAUCUAAAAUUCGGAACUGAGAAUAGUUUUUGCUUUCGUAUUGGUAUAAAUAAGAAGAAAUCCUUUUUUCGUUCUUUCCCAUUUUCCAUCAUCACUCUUCCUUCCUCCCCUUUCCUGUUUUCACAUUGCUUUCACAAGGCUUCCGUUUCUUCUUUCCCUUCCCAUCAUCAGUUUUCCCCCACGAAAUUCCUCCUGAUCGCAUCCUCGGAUCGCUUUCUAUCUCUCUUUCUGGUUGUGGGUCGAGGAAUCACAGAAUUCAUUUUUUCUUAUCUGGGUUUUGAUCAGGAGAGGAAACGAAGCAUAAGAGAAAGAAAGAAGCUAGCUUUUUUGUUGUUGUUGCUUUUGUGCGUAGUGUGGGUGAAGGACCGUUCUCGGUUGUUACUUACUCAUGCCAGAUACUAAUACUAACAACAGUGGCAGCAAUCACAAGCCGGUGAAAAGCAAUGCUGGGUCUAAUCAGUCCCCUGAUAAGAACAUUGAAGAGGCGAUUAGAAGGCUGAAGAUUCAUGAUAAUAAUCAGGAGCAAGUUGGAGUGACUGAGACCGGGUCGUACCCGGAUCGACCCGGCGAGCCUGAUUGUGUGUAUUACUUGAGGACCGGGGUUUGUGGCUAUGGCAGUAAUUGCCGCUAUAACCACCCUCAGUAUGCUGCUCAGGUCACAAAGGCUUCGCAGUUCAGAGAGGAACUUCCUGAGCGAGCUGGAGAGCCUGACUGUGGGUAUUAUCUUAAAACAGGCACUUGCAAGUAUGGGUCGACAUGUAAAUACCAUCACCCAAAGGACAGGAAUGGUGCAGGACCAGUCUCUUACAACCUUCUUGGUCUUCCCAUGAGACAGGAUGAAAAGUCAUGCCCUUACUAUUUGCGAACUGGUUCAUGCAAAUUCGGAGGUGCAUGCAAGUUUAAUCAUCCCCAACCUGCAGCAUCACUUGAACCCGGGGUGCCUCUUGCUGGUGGCCUCUCUACCUAUGGAUCGACGACUGGCUCAUCAAUGAUCCCGACUGCUGGUUUGCCUUACAUUGGUGGGCUUCGGACAUGGUCCUUUCCCAGAGCACCAUACAUGCCAAGCCCACGUCUGGAAACUCCACAGGCUUUUGCACCUCUAUAUAUCUCUCCCUCCCAAGGAAUCGCUCCUGCACAAGGCUGGAACACUUAUGUGGUGAGUAGACAUAGAGAUUGUUCUUCUGUUUAAUCCCUUCUUAACUAUUGCUACAUUAACUGUGUUAGAUCCUGGUAAGUUCUAUUGCAUUCUGGUUGCACUCUCUAGAUUUCUGAUUGAAAUCCCUAAGAGUUGAUUCAUAGACAAGUGCUAUCAUGGACAUGGGUUGCCACCCAUAUAACUAGAAAUUGAUGCUGAAAUCUUUGAGUUCUGCUUUCCAUUGGCAUUCCACUCUAGCUUAUGCACCCUCAGGAUAUGCUUGGUUGGUGUGAUAAGUUUGUAGUUGUCUACUUAUAGUUAGUGGAUAUUCAUCAUAGAGUUACAUGCAUGGAACAGGGAGACGAUCAGGUGACAAAGCCAAUGGAUUAAGAUUAUAUGUGGGUAUUUUUUGACUAGAACAACUCACCCUAACAUCAUUCUUCCACGUCCAAUCCCCAUCUUCGUUCCGUCUCUUUUGCUCUCUUCCGCCGCCAGACUGUCGCGAAUAUAUUAGGGGUUCUGUAGUGAUGUAGUAUGGAUUCAGUAGCGUUUAUUAGGGAUCUAGUAGGAAUUCGGCAGGGAUUUAGUAGGGAUUCUGUAGGUCCUUUUUAAAUUUUUUUCUUAUUUCCUUACAAAUCCAUCUUUGAGAAGCUAUUUCUGAAGAAAGUUUCAAUCUUGACAUACUAGAGGCCUUCCCUCCAGCAGUCUCACAUGCUUGCAAGUGCCGGGUCUUUAUAUUCGCAAUGCUUUUUUCUUUGACUUGUUUUUCUUCCCUCGACAUGAUACUCUCAUUUGUUUGUCAGGGAAACUUGAGCCCAAUGUCUUCUUCUCCAAGCAUUCUGGGUUCAAACCUUGUAUUCAACACCUCCAGGAAUCAUCAAGGUGAGUCUGGGGGUUCCAGUGGGCAACAAAUGCAUUUGAUAUACAACACACCACCUAGUUCUAAUCUUCCUUCAAGACCUGAUCAACCAGAAUGCCGCCACUUCAUGAACACUGGCACCUGCAAAUAUGGAUCCGACUGCAAAUACCAUCACCCAAAGGACAGAACUGCUCAACUAGCAACCAAUCCCGGCCCAAUUGGCCUUCCCUCACGCCCCGGCCAAGCUCUAUGUUCCAACUACAUUACCUAUGGCUUCUGCAAGUUCGGUUCAAACUGCAGAUUCGAUCAUCCGUUCACUACUGGAUAUCCUUACAGCUACAGCUUGACUGUUCCUCCAUUUACAGUCCUCGAUUCUUCCAUGGUUACUUAUCCGAGAAUGUCACCUUCUGAACCACCUUCUCUGUCACCGUCACCGAAUAAGGUCCUCAACAGCAAUGGUGCUGCUAGAAACAACAAGCAACAAUAUCAGAUGAAUGCAGGUAAUAAUAAGAACACAAUGACAACUACUACUCCAACUACUCCUCCAUCGGAUGAUACUACUGACGUGGCUGGAGGUACUUCACCGCCACUGCACUCCUCGUCGAAGGCCUCUUCCGAGGUCUCACAUGAUUGAUCGAUUUUUGCCCUACAAUGGAAGCCCUAGCUGUGUGCUUCCUUCCUUUUUUUAUAUGCCUCUUUUUCCCUUGGCUAUUCCUUCCCUCUAUUGAACAGAAAAACUCUUCAGUAUAUUUAAGAAACAAAGAGAAUUUUUUGGGUCACAUGUAAGACACUCCCUGCCCACUUUUUUGUUUUGGUUUUCACCUGUUGAAUGCCAGAGAUAUAGGUUGAUUUCAGUAAUGCCUGAAAAGUUGGAUGAUGGUGAGGCAAGAUAAACAUUUUGAGGGGUGUAUGUGCAUGGAAGGCAAGACAAUAUUUAAUUUUUCCUUUUCUUUUAAUCUUGUGUAGUGAAUAAAACUUGCAGGUGAAAGUGUUUUUUGCCUUUGCUGAAUUGGCUUAGUGGCAACUGCUACUCCACUCUUUUUGUUUACUUCAUGAACAAGGGAAGUGGAUGCGUGUGUUGCAAGUAAAGUGGACUCAUUGAGAAAUGUGUGAUGUGAUUCUAAGUUACACAUACAAUAGAUGCAUCCAUCCAAUGCCAAUGAACUGAUAGCUAAGUUCGAUAAUCCAAG